AAGCUAUCAAGCUAUCAAUUGUGAAAAGAAACCAUAGUCUUAGAAAGUUAAUAAACAGAAAAGAAAUAUAUCUACUGUAUGAAAUUGUCCCAUUUCUCAUUUCUUUGGUGAGCAUUUGUCCUGUGAGCAACUUUCUGGUGAGCAUUUGUCCUGUGAGCAUCGGUUGGGUGAGCAACUGUCUGAUUACAUAAGAUGAGAAGAAUGUCUUCAAGAAUUUCAUGUGGAAGAGACUUUCAUUGUGUUCCUGACAUAAAUUCAGCAUUGGACUCAGCAUGCAAAGCUGGGUAUGAUUUUAUUUGUCUACCAAUUGUUCAUCCCAGAUUUCGUAGAGAGUUUAUUAGUGGUCCUAGUAAAAAAAGAUCUGGUGCUUUAACAAGAUCUGAUAUGUCACUUUCUAGCCAAGAUUGGAGUAGUUUAAUUGUGGGUAAAAUAUCACCAUGGUUACAAGUUGAUUCACCUCAUCUAGUCGUUCGCAAGAAUUCUGAAAUGGCAUUUAAACAAGAAUUGAUGUAUGCUGCUCAUCUUAGUAUGCCAUCAGUAUUGUUAUCUAUAAAAGGGCCUAAUAUUGUUAAUUUGGCUAGAUGUUUAAAUGAACAUUUGAUUUCAUCUUAUUUUCAACAGCAUUUUUGGAUUCAUGUACCAUUAACAUCUAGUAAAGAUCAAGUUGAUGAUGUUUUUGAUAAUGGUGGUAUGAAAAAUAAUAUAGAACAAGAGUUUGAUGAUACAUGGGAAUGGUGGAACACUUUCAGAACAUUAUGUGAUUCCAAUAAAAGAUUAGGUGUGGCUUUAGAACUGACAGCUGAUUUACCAAGUACAGUUAUAUUGAAUAGAUGGAUUGGUGAACCAGUCAAAGUUUUGAUCUUGUCUACCAGUAUUUUCAUAACCAACAAGAAAGGUUAUCCAGUAUUAUCCAAACAACAUCAAACUUUUGUCAGACAAAUGUUUAAGUUGGAUAUACAGAUGAUAGUUACUGGUGCUGAUAGACAUUCUGAUAAAGGUUUAAGAUCUUAUCAACAAUAUUUAGAUCAUCUUUUUCAGACUCAACCACAAGCUGAUCAAAUAGGACAGUUUGCUAAAGGUUAUGAAGAUUAUUUACAGUCUCCAUUACAGCCCCUUAUGGAUAAUUUAGAAUCCCAAACUUAUGAAAUAUUUGAGAGAGAUCCUGUCAAAUAUUCACAGUAUCAAAAGGCUGUUUAUUAUGCUUUGUUGGAUAAAAUAAGUGAAUCAGAAAAAGACCAAAAGAAAAUUGUACUAAUGGUAGUAGGAGCUGGAAGAGGACCUCUAGUCAGAGCUGCAUUGGCUGCUGCACAACAAGCUGAUAGACAAGUUAAAAAACUUUAUGCUGUUGAAAAAAAUCCCAAUGCUGUUGUAACAUUGGAGAAUCUAAAAGAUGAAAUGUGGGGUGAACUGGUAGAUGUUAUAUCUUGUGAUAUGAGAGUCUGGGAGGCACCAGAGAAAGCUGAUAUAUUGAUCAGUGAAUUAUUGGGAUCAUUUGGUGAUAAUGAACUCUCACCAGAAUGCUUAGAUGGUGCUCAGAGAUUCCUGAAAGAUGAUGGUAUUAGUAUACCAUGUGAAUAUACCUCCUAUCUAGCUCCUCUUCAAUCUCCUAAAUUAUAUAAUGAAGUUAGAGCUUCUAAAGAGAAAGACCAGUUACCAGGGAGCCCAUUUGAGAAGCCUUAUGUAGUCAGGCUGCAUAAUUGUCAUGUUUUAACAGAACCCAAAUCUGUGUUUACAUUUCAUCAUCCUAAUAAAGAUGAAGUAAUUGAUAAUAAUAGAUAUAUCAGCUUAGAAUUUCAAGCAGAAUUUAACUGUGUGGUUCAUGGAUUUGCAGGAUAUUUUGAGACUAUUUUGUACAAGAAUAUCACUUUGAGUAUUCUACCCUCAACCCAUUCACCUGGUAUGUUUAGUUGGUUUCCUAUUCUGUUCCCUAUUAAGACACCUAUGAAUAUAAAGGCUGGAAAUAAGAUUAUUAUGGAUAUUUGGAGAAGGUGUACAGAUAAGAAUGUCUGGUAUGAAUGGACAAUAAGGAGUCCAUUUCCAAUUCCCAUACACAAUCCUAAAGGAAGAUCGUACACAAUUGGUCUUUAGACAUCUUUAAUACCAUUAUUCUCAAGUUUGUAUUUUUUGUAAUGGAUUAAAAGAUUAAAUAAAUCUUAUCCUAUA